AGGAACUUAAAAAAUGCAAACUUAUAAUCUCAUCUAAAAAUAGAAAAAUUCGUUUUUAUUCCAGAUUUCUUAGUAGUAGCUUUUUGAAGACAGAAAACACUUGAAGUGAAAAAGUAACGCUGAAACUCGGAAGUUGUUUUGGUCAUCAAUAGGUAUUAUGAAGUGAUAUACCGUUAUAAUCAAGUUUUGAGUUAUAUAUCAAUCAUUAAAAAAGGUAAUUUAAAGUGUUGUAAGUUACCCUGAAGCCUUAAAGUUAUCUCAAACCGAAAGAGUUCCUUCGGAGCACUUAACUUACCCUGACACCUAAGAUUUACGCUGAAGACGCAAGUUAUCCUGACUCCUAAUAUUUACCCUGAAUUCACGAGUUACCUGGACUCCUAAUAUUUACCCUGAACACUCGAGUUACCCCAACAUGGGCAAGUGUAUCGGGUACACGGCGGGCGCCAUAACAUUUAUGGCGAUCGGGGCGCUGGCU